GCUGGCCGGCGUCAGAGCUGCCGGCCGGCAUGACGUGUGUUGUUGUACGGUGGGAGGGCCGGCCUGUCGGGCGAAGCGGGCGCGCAGCGGCUCAGUCUGUGCGCACAGUGGCAAUCGUGGUACACGGCAGUCGCCCGCCAACCGCCGCCCCGCCCAGACAGUUCCACAGCCACAGAGACAACACAGCCGCAGCCAUGCGACGCGCGCUGACGCUCAUCGUCGUCUUCUCCGCCCUGGGUCCAAUGUGCCACAUGGCGCCAGCAGCUGCGGGGGCCGGAGGGGGCGGCGUCGACGACGGCGUGUUCGCGGCCGGGCACGGCCAGCGCUACAGCCUACAGAGCACGAUCCUGCUGAACGACGCGGCAGCAACGGGCAAGGACGUCGGCUUCCAGGUGACGGGAGAAGUGACGGUGGGCGCCGUGUGGCAGCGCGGUGGCGAGCGUCUGCUCAGGCUGGAGUUGCUGAAUCCUCGGCUACACAUUAAAUCUCGGAAAGCUCCAUCACCCGAAGGCUUUGUUGGCCAUGCAUCAAAACUUGACACUACUAAUAACAGUCCAUUUUAUGUUCAUUGGAAUAAUGGAAAAGUGGAGCAUAUGUUUGUGGCCAGUGGUGAAGAUCUCUCAAUGGUGAACCUUAAAAAAGGAAUAGCAAGUCUUUUCCAGUUCCAGUUGCUUGAUGUAGAAACAACAGAAAAGGAUGCGUCUGGGAAAUGCCUUGUGAAAUACACAGCUACAGAUCCUCGUUCAUUUACCAAGACCAAGACUGAAUGUGUCUCUCCAAAAACUGUUCCAUACAUUGCACAUCCAGAGCAGGUACUCAGUGCUCUUGUAAAUUCUCAAAGGACAUCUAAAUAUACAAUGACAGGAGACUUACUAGCCAUUGACUCAGUAAUAGCAACUGAAACUCAUGAAAUGUUUGUGGCCAUACGACAAGAUGCUGGUAGUUCUAUAAAAGCUGUCUUAGAAUUAUCUCGAACAGGUCGUUUUGAGGUAACAGAUACAGUUCAAGCUGAAUCAGUUGAUGCAGCUUUGACUCAGGUGCAGGAAAUGCAGAGAACAGAAUUCAGCAAGCAAAUCUUAAUUACAGAACGAGAACCCAGAAUUUGCCAGGAUGAUUGCCCAAAUCUUCAUACAGUGUUAAAGGAAAAUAAGAAAUUUCUGAAGAAGGAUAACCUUGGCACAGUUCGUUCAGCCACUGCUUUCCUCAAGCUGCUAAUGGUAGUAAGGGAAUCAAAGAAAGAAGACCUCUUCAAAAUAUUAAAAUACACAAAGAAUGAAGAAACAGUGCUGCAACUUCUGGAUGUGUUUGGUGCUGCACAGACUGCAGCAGCUCAUGAAGCAGCUAUGAAAUAUCUUCAGCUGCGUGAUGAUUCAAAACUGGAAGAGAAUGAAAGAUAUUUUUGGGCUCUCUCUCUUGGUUCACAUCCUAGCCCCCAAAUUGUAAAAGGUGUCUUGAAACUUAGUCAUGAAACAAAUCCAAGUGAGAAGCUGGAAGAAACUAUUAUUCUAACUGCUGCUGCUCUGUCAAAUAGAUUGUCUCAUUUACCAGGAAGUGGGCAGUACAAGGUGAUUGAAGAAACAAGAAAAUCCCUUGUGGAUGGGCUCAAUGACUGCAGUUCAGAAGAAUGCAAGCAAAAAUACUUACGAGCCUUGCGGAAUCUUGGCGAUGGUAAUACAGUGCCAAUACUGCUACAGCAUGCUGUCAAUGGUACCAAAAAGACCAGUGUGACGGCAAUGAAGGCCUUGAGAUCACUUCCAUCAAAGUACUGGGACCAGACUGUUAUGUCACUAAUGAAACGAAUCUAUUUUCAACUUGACAAAAAGUACGACUCAAGUGCUCGAACCUUAGCCAUAGAUAUUCUGCUCGAAACUAACCCAGACAAAUCUUUCCUCAAGGAAAUUCUGAUAUCGCUGACUUCCUUAGAUACAGCAUAUGAAGUGAAGCAGUACCUCUGGCAAAGAGUGACACAGAUGUCAGAAAGAGAUUUACAAUUCAGGUCACUGGUGAAUGAAAUAAUUACAGAAGAAAAAAGAUUGUUGAAAAAUUACCACGCAAUGGCAUUGAGAGGUCUUUCAACAGCAUUCACAAGAUCUCUAUUUAGCAACCCAUACGGUAAUGCAAGUCUGGUUACUAUACAAGAAAUAUCCAGUGGUUUUUUAAAGAGAGGUACAGUGGAUGUUGUUCUUGAAAUGAAUGGAGAAACAAAGGAAAUUUUCAGUCUUGGACUGUUUGCUGGAGGCCUUGGCUCUCUCAUAUCAUCAGAUGACAGUGAUGAACCUGAUGAUGAACCUGCCACUGCUGGUAUGGAAGUUAUUGCUCUUGGAGUUCAGUUGAGGCCAUUUAUUUUCUUCAGUGGGCAAGGAGAUCUUAUGGGUCAUGUUUGGUCUGGUACAGCUUCAGAAAAGACUCCUGCUUUCCAGGCACUAGCACUUUUGCACGACCACUUGCAGUACCUCCCACUCCAGCCUGGAUUUGUGGCUGAACUAAGUCUAAUUGGCGCAGUAUCAUUUGACCUAUCUGGCCAGAUUCAGCUCAGUUUGUGGAACAGAAAUGCUCAUUCCUUGGUGGAAAAGAAUGCUGCACUUGUGCUACAAGGAAGAAUGAAAGUUGACACAGAAUUUGUUAGGAGCCAAGCAGAUUUCACCAUAUCUACAGAAUCAAGCCUAAAUCUAGUUUCAGAUAUUGACUUUUCUAAUAACAUUGCACUCUGUCUUCAGUUAAAACAGCCAGACUCAAGUGUGAGACACAAUGUCUUCAAAGUCGAACGAAUCCCUGGUAGCAAACACAGGCUACGCAAGUCAAAAUACAAGGUUAUUCCUGUAUCGGGGAGGACAUUUGCUCUUAACAGAAAGAACAAUGAAAUGUGCAGUGCAAUAUUUGAAAACUGAGUGUUACAAUUAUGCACAAAUGGUUCAUAAUGUUCCUAUGAGACUGAACAUUGUAUAUUAAAAACAGAUCUUUAUGCCGCCACACUACUUGGACCAUGUUCAAAUGUGGUACAUACACAAGCUCUCUCUUAAGUAGCAACAUGUUCUGUUGCAAUGCCAAUGAAGACUGGAUGUGAUAGCUGUUGAUCACUUAACAUUUUUAUUUAUUAUUUUGAUAAUAUAUCAUUUGAAAAGAGUGUAUAUAUUCAAUAAAAAUAUACAUGUGUAAUAUUA